AUGAGCGAAUUCCAAGAACAAGAAGAAGGCUUCAAAUGGAUCAAGGCCAGGGAGAUUUUCGGAGUAUUGAUCCAUGGAAAUAGAAGUGGCAUUUUCCUAAGGGACCAGUGGGCCUCGAAAUGGGCAGAUCAAGGUUAUAGGAGAAUAAUCCGGGAGAGAAGCAUCUCGAUAGACGUGGAUGGCUACCGGUUUAUCUCGACAUAUCAACCACUCUGGGAAGGCCUCAGUAUCGAGUUCAUGAGGUACAGAGAGGAGCUCUCUACCCUAAUCGAGAGCAAGGACAUGGUCAUAAUAGGGGGCGAAUUCAACUCAGUGGUAGGGGAGAGUGCUACCAGGGGGGCGGACCAGACGGCGAAUAUCCACGGUUUAGGCAAGACAAAUGCAGCGGGUAUGAACCUACUGGAAUGGUGCCAAGAGAACAGCCUAGCCUGGUGCAACUCCUUUUUCAGCCACAAGAGGAGAGGAACAUGGAAGCAUCCCAAGAACAAAACAUGGCAUGGAAUAGACGGCUUCAUUAUGAAACAACAAGACCGGGCAAAACGCGCACGGAGGAUUUUCACUGUACCGACGAGCAAGGAUCUAAGCGACCACAGACCGAAAGCGAUGUGCUGUGCCCUGAAUAACUCUCUUGACAGGAAGCGCAAUAACAAGACCAGCCAACCCAAGAAGAAAAUAGACUGGGAAAAACUAAGAACGGUAACAAAGGCAACGGAAUACGCCAAUAAAUUAGCUACAGAAGAGCUCGAAGACUGGACACAAACAGCAAAGGCGAUGAAGAGAGUAGGAGAAGAAGUGUGCGGCACAGUAGAAAAAAAACCCCUAAACCCCGCGCUGGAUAGGCACAAAGAGGAAAUAGAAAGGGCUCAAAAGAGAAUAUGCGAACUAACAGCUCGAGCACAAGACGGAAACGAAGCAGCGAAGGAAGAGAUACGGAAAGCUAGAAAGGAUUUCAAAAGACAGAAGAAAGGUUGGGAAGAAGAAUGGUGGCUAGAGAUUGUCAACGAAGCCAAAAGAGCCGAAACUAGCGGCGAUAUGAGAAUCCUGUAUAAAACUUUGAGAAGGAUUGGCAUCAAAGACAAUAAUAGCUGUGUUGAGGACGAAUUCUUCAGCCCGGAGGAAUACAAAGAGCAUUUCAUGCAAGUCUCGGCAACGAGAUAUGACCGACCGGAGGGAGAAAUUAAAUCCUUAAUCGAUAGUCUGGAACAAAGAAGGGACACUGUGGCACGAGAAGCAGCACGGAAAAUAGAAAUGGAAUUCACAGUGCAGGAAGUGGAGCGAGAAGUUGCUCUCAUGAAGGACGGCGCGUCAGGGAUUGACGGAGUGCGCCUAAUUGGGAUCAAUGCCGCUGACAACACAACAAAAAGAGACAACACAACCCGAGAAGACCAGGAGCUGUACUCUUGGACAUAA